AUGUAUUACAUUAAUUAUGGGAAAUGUAGUACGACAAUGUACAUGAAGUCGGCCUCGCAGUGUAUUGCAAAUAUAGCAUACACACUACACAUCCUAGCGUGCACUGCGUUGACAGCAGUCGUGUGUUGGUUCUCCAAGAUGGCGUCGUUGGGAAGGAGGCGCGGUGUCCCAGUCAACAGGGAGAGGGGAGUGAUGGCGGCAACGGACUGCUACAUCGUUCACGAGAUCUACAACGGGGAGAAUGCACAGGACCAGUUUGAGUACGAGCUGGAGCAGGCGCUGGAGGCCCAGUACAAGUACAUUGUGAUCGAGCCCACGCGCAUUGGCGACGAGACGGCCCGCUGGAUCGCCGUGGGCAACUGCCUGCACAAGACGGCCGUGCUGUCGGGCACCGCCUGCCUCCUGACGCCGCUCUCGCUGCCGCCCGAGUACUCUCGCUAUGUGGCACUGCCCGCUGGCGCCCUCAGCGUGGCUUGCUCCGCCCUUUACGGAAUCUCCUGGCAGUUUGAUCCCUGCUGCAAGUACCAGGUGGAGUACGACAGCCAAAAACUUUCGCGGCUGCCCCUGCACACACUCACCUCCUCCACGCCAGUGGUGCUGGUGCGCAGGGACGACAUCCACAGAAAGAGACUCCACAACACGAUAGCGCUGGCCGCCCUGGCCUACUGCGCCAAGAAGAUCUACGAACUCUAUGCGGUAUGAGCACACUCUGAAGAAAAAUACAAAAAAUAAAUAAAAAAUAUAAUGGGAAAAGAAAGAAUCCACCCAGUAGUAAGCCGAGUGGAAGCCAUGCGCAGAGUCGAGGGUUUGCCCCUAACCCCCACCCCCACCCCACCCCACUUGCACGGGUACUUACUUUUGGCCUGUAUGAUGGAUCAGAGGGAUAUAGUUAAAACUAGAAGGAAUUAUUUUUCCCUUCUCAUUUUCUUUACUUGUACGUGACAUCAUCAGUGCACAUGGUAUUCCAUAUAGUACCCUUGAGCCUCUUCCCCGUCCCUGUCCCCCUCGCAAUACACUAAGUUAGUGCACAAGGGUAGCUAAGUAAAAAUAAAUAAAGACUGAAUCGUGUUGCAGUUGAAACGGACAGGCUUAAGUAUUACCAACAUUUUUGUCUAUUCCUUGUAGUUUUACUGUACCCCUUUCUUGCUGAUCAGUACGUCACUCUUUCAUUAAACAUUAGGAUACUUCAAACUC